GAGUUGAUUCCGACUCAUAGCAACCCUAUAGGGCAGAGUAGAACUGCCCCAUAGGGUUUCCAAGGAGUGCCUGGUGGAUUUGAACUGCCAACAUGUUGGUUAGCAGCUGUAGCUCUUUGAUUAAAAGGAGAGGUAAAGUAUUUUUAUUACUUCAUGAAUGUUUUCCUAUUUUUUUGACAGAGAAAUAAUGAUGAGUAUAACUGUUGGGAAACUCACAGACCAUGAGGUUAUAACCAUUGCACGUCACUAUCGUGCACUCGAGGACAAGGAUCCACAUGUGAAUGUCUUAAUUACAAUGGCCCAUGAACAGCUCAAGAAAAAUCGUUUUGAGAAUUUUGACAGACUGAUUGCUACCUGCGUGUAUGAAGAUCGAGAAAAGAAAAAUUUAUUACCCAGUGAAGACAUUAGAAGGCUGUGUAAGUCCUCCAGUUUACCUGUGAAGGAAGAUCUUCUAGUAUCCUUACUGUCCAGGUUUGAAGACAGUGAAAAACAAGUAAAUUAUCAUUCAUUUUUCUUUGCCCUGAACUGGAGAAUAAAUCCAAUGACCGAAUGGGAAACAGUGCUAUACAAUACAGAGAAAAUUGAAGAUGUUUGGAUGGGGUCACCAUCACCUGUUCCCGUGAGAUACAUUAGCUACAUGCCCCUUUUAAAGGACGUGUUUGACUUGGAAGAGGAUUAACUGUGCCAUAACCAUGCCAGUUUUUGUCAACUCUAUUUGAUUUACUGCUCUAAUUCUGCCAAGUUUAUUUUAGUAGAUAUAAUUUCAUUAAAAACAAAAAAGAAACAAGGCUCAUAUUAAAUUGAAAUCCAUAAACCGCAAUUAAUCUUUUGUCACUUUAGAUUUUCAGAACAUUGUAUUAUGUUGCUGAUGUACUGCACUAUUAAAAAUGCCAUUUGAAGAAAUAUCUAGCAUUUUUAUUAGAGGUCUGAUUUAUGUUAAUACCAAAGAAUCUUAUGAUAAUUUUCCAUCCAACAAAAUUUGAUUCAUUCCAACAUGAAAAGAAAAUGAAUUUUGAUUGCUAUACAUGACAGUAGAAAAUCAAAUUAUAUCAGAGCAGUAAGUUGUGAUUCUAUUAAACAUUUUUUUGAAAUCUCCUUGACACGUGUUUAUUACUUACAUAAUUAAGCUUUGUAGCAACCUACCUCAUCAAAAUAAUUCUCAGACUUCUCUCAAGAGUGAAGAUAUUUGU